CUGCAUGCAUGAGCUACCUCUGUGCGGGCCUUCUCUUGUAUGCCGCUGGAUUCCGUACAAAAUACAAUAAGAAAGAGGUCCGGCAAUCUCCAAACUCCACACACAUAAAUCGUCUGACAAGGUCUUCGCUCAGGCGGAGAGGUAAAGCUCUUCAACACACUGUGCACAUCGACUUCGAAUUUCAUUCAGGAAGUACGGAGCUGAACAAACUGAGUCCACCUUUUUCUGACUGUGCGGAUAACUUCUAAAACAACUAGCAAACAUGCAGACGGCGAAGAAGUAUGACUGGCAGGAUUCGAACCUCGCACUCUUUGGUUCGGAUACUGAGAAGAAAAUGAAGAAGGAUAGUGCACAAUCUGAACCAGCCUGGGAGGGGGCAGGACAGGAAGUCGGCCUCCAGAUUUGGCGGAUCGUCAAGUUCAAGGUUACCAAUUGGGAGAAGGACCAAUAUGGAGAGUUCUUCAAUGGCGAUUCUUACAUCAUCCUCAAUACCUAUAAAGAUCCAGAGGGUGAUGCGCUGAAGUAUGACGUCCACUUCUGGAUUGGAAAAUAUUCCACGCAGGAUGAGUAUGGUACAGCAGCAUACAAGACCGUUGAGCUGGAUACACUUUUGGAUGAUAAACCCAUUCAGCAUAGAGAGGUUCAAGGGCACGAAAGUGCGCUCUUCAAGUCCUAUUUCGCAUCCCUCAUGCUUCUAAAGGGUGGUGCUGACACUGGUUUUAGACGUGUACUACCAGAGCAAUACGAACCGCGUCUUUUCCAUGUGAAGAAAGGGUCCGACAAGAAAAUCACAAGUACUCAGGUCUCUCUGAAGAAAGGUAAUCUAAAGUCUGGUGAUGUCUUUAUCUUGGAUCUUGGAGCGAUGAUUUACCAGUGGAACGGUUCCAGCUGCAGUCAUGAUGAAAAAUUUAAGGCUGCUCAGGAGGCAGCUAAGAUCAAGGGAUCACGAGGCAAGUGCCGUGUUGAAACCCUCGAAGAGAGCAGCACCUCCGAGGAUCAUCCUUGCUUCGCACCCCUUAAAGACGGCGAGAGUAAGGCUAAGACAAGUGCAGUGCAGGGGGAGAGGAAAAUGUUCAGGAUCAGUGAUGCUGACGGCAGUUUGGACAUGGAAGCAAUGGACGGUGAAAUCAGCAAGGAUAAAUUGACAUCCGAUGAUGUCUAUGUGAUUAACACUGGAGAACACGUCUACUGUUGGGUCGGCAAAGGAGCCACCAUUGACGAAAGGAAGAAUGCUCUAUCCUACGCAAGCAAUUACCUGAACAAGACUGAGACACCUUGGUUGCCCAUCUCUGUCGUUGCCGAGGUCAAUGAAUCAGCUGAAUUCAUCAAGGCCUUCUAAAGCUUUUAGCAACCAAGACGACCUUAGAGGAAACCUGAUCACUAAUUUGAGAAAAAAAAAUCUUCUGCCUGUAUCUACUACGGGUAGUUCAUUUAUACCCUACGCUGACUCGAGUCUAAAUCAUGUUUAAACAAUUUAUAAACUAGAGGCCGUGUUACAGUCUACUUAAUUGGUAGGCCAAACUUGAAUUCAGGUCUCAUCACCAAAACAGUUUUUAAUUUUGAUGUUUAUGAUUCCGUCAUAACAUCCUGUACUAUAAAAUAUUAAUCAACUUUAAAUAUAGACUUCUAAGAAGAGAGUUCUUGCAAAUCGUUAUACAAAAAUUGCACAAUAUAUACAAAGACGUUGUGUGUCCGGACUGGUUGUGUAUCCGGACAGUUAAUUAAAACAGACCUUUGAAGAAGUUUAUAAGCAGUAUUUCAUAAGAGAAGACUUUAUGUUUGUUAAGUGUCUGGACAUGCACCCACCCCCACCCCCCAUCAUGCUAUUCAAAAUUAAUCAGCUUUAAGUAUAGACUUCUAAAAAAGAGGCCUAUUUCAAAUUGUUAUACCAAAAUUUCACAAUAUACAAUUUUCUGGUGUUUGGUCCCCUAGUGUUGUCACAUGCACAAUGAAAAAAAAUGGUCAAGCUCCUUGAAGGCACGUACGUUUACACAACACCAUGCAGAUAUUUAGAAUGUCUCAUGUAGUCUGUCCCUGGGCUGACAAUUACUUAACAUUAUCCUUGCAAUUUAUAGAAUACCCUGUAUUAUCAUUUAGGACCAUACAAUCACGACUGUGGUCAAAUCGAAACUAAUAACUUGUCUUUGGUUUAUUGAGACUAACAAUGAUAUUUGAAAACUAAAAUGUUUAUCAAAAUAACACUUUUUAUGUCUUUAUAUGGAUUUGCAUACUAUAACUUGUGGUGACGAUUUAUUAUUUAUUUCAUUUUGUAUUCUGUAUAAGCCUAGAAGAGCAUUCUUGUAUGAAAUGGUAUCAUGAGAUUGUAUAUAAGAAUUGCCUUCAAUAAUUGAAAAGUAAGGGCUUAAUUGGCUAUUUUGUCUUUUAAACUAAUAAUUUAUGUAUUGUUUCAAGAGUAAUGAUCCUUCUAGGUAUGAAACUCUUUUUUCUUUCAACUUCAUGAAAAGUACCUAUUGUGCCUUCAUGCACUUAAAAAUCAGUCUUGCCUGACAUGAACGACCAGUGUAUUAAUUGUUUUCUUAAACAUGGGUAUACUACUUGUUGCACCUACCUAGCGUAUCUAGCGUAUGAAGCCUCUUCGCGCAUGCAUGCACCGUUAAUGCAAUGCAAUGUUUUAAUACACUGUUAAAUUCAAGGCUAUAGUAGCACUAUACAGUUUGCUAUCACUUUUUGCUCGAUGGCAGUGCUCCCUUAUAAAUCUCUUUCUUGGUAAGUUUUCAUUUAAAAAUGCAUUUGCGAGGGCCGGUUGAAAUGCAGAAAUCUACCGCUCACUUGCUUUGCCACCUCUCUUGUAAAUCUAAGGAGAUAUAUUAUAUUAGUAGUUGGCUGGGCCGUGCCCAAAUGCAGUGUUGCCCUGGCGUCAUUAUACCUAGAUAAUUAUGGCUGUGGACGAAUGCAUUAGGUCUAAUUACAUUACGAAGUUGGCUAAAGAUCCUUACCAGAUUGAGAAUUAAUUGUCGGUCUUAUUUGUUGGACAUUAACUGGGAUUAAUUUUUUCUUCACAAAUCUAUGUAGAAGAUACAUUGAAAAAAGAUUUGCCUAUAUAUUGAAUGCGUACUUCUAUAUAGUUUAACAGUAGAGAAAUUAACUCAAAAUGAUAAGCCUUUCUCAUACUCGAAUGUGAAAUUUUAUUUUUCAUUAAUUUAAAAUGACGUCUUUGUUGAUAAUUUACUAUGAUAAAGCAUAUUCAGCUUCCUAGAAAUAAAGAAUAAAUGUGGCGGGAAUUUC